AUGGCUAGAACCAAGCAGACUGCCCGUAAGUCCACUGGUGGCAAGGCUCCCCGUAAGCAGCUCGCUUCCAAGGCCGCUCGUAAGGCUGCUCCCUCUACCGGUGGUGUCAAGAAGCCUCACCGCUACAAGCCUGGUACCGUCGCUCUGCGUGAAAUCCGUCGCUACCAGAAGUCCACUGAGCUCCUGAUCCGCAAGCUGCCCUUCCAGCGUCUGGUUCGUGAAAUUGCUCAGGACUUCAAGUCCGACCUCCGCUUCCAGUCCUCUGCCAUCGGUGCUCUCCAGGAGUCCGUUGAGGCCUACCUCGUCUCCCUCUUUGAGGACACCAACCUGUGUGCCAUCCACGCCAAGCGUGUCACCAUCCAGUCCAAGGACAUUCAGCUCGCCCGUCGUCUCCGUGGUGAGCGCUCUUAG